GCAAGAGGUGACGCAAAGGAAGAUGGCGGCGCCCGGUCUGACCCGCUGCCUGCCGCUUGUUGUGGUCCUGGGAGCCACGGGCACCGGGAAAUCCAAACUGGCCAUUCAGAUCGGCCGCGCCCUGGGAGGGGAGAUCAUCAGCGCCGACUCCAUGCAGGUAUAUACGAGUCUGGACAUUGUGACUAACAAAGUGAGUGUCGAGGAGCAGCACCAGUGUCCACAUCAUAUGCUCAGCUUUGUUGACCCACUUGUGACUAAUUAUACAGUUGUGGAUUUUCGUGACAAGGCAGUAGCUCUAAUUGAAGACAUGUUUUCUCGUGACAAAAUCCCAAUUGUUGUGGGAGGAACAAACUACUAUAUAGAAUCACUGCUGUGGAAAGUUUUGGUAUCUCAAACUGGUACAAAAGAAAUGAAUGGCACAGCCUGUAAGACUGCAGUCCAACGAAAAGAAGAGCUGGAACAGCUUGAUAGCAAUGAGCUUUAUGCGCGUCUCAGACAAGUGGACCCAGAAAUGGCUGCUAAGUUACACCCACACGACAAGCGGAAAGUGGCAAGGAGCCUACAGGUGUUUGAAGAGUCUGGAAUCUCUCACUCUGAGCAUCUGAGACAACAGCAAGAGGAUGGUGGAAGUCCAUUAGGGGGAGCAUUGAGGUAUCCCAACCCUUGUAUCCUGUGGCUACAUGCAGAUCAGGAAGUUCUAGACUCCAGACUGCGAAUAAGAGUGGAUGAGAUGCUGGCUGUCGGGCUGAUUGAAGAGUUAAAAGAUUUUCACACGCGUUACAACGAGAAACUUAUCUCACAGUCAGGACAGGAUUACCAACAUGGCAUUUUCCAAACUAUUGGCUUCAAGGAGUUCCAUGACUACUUGGUAACUGAGGAUGGCUCUGCAACACAUACAAAGGAGGUCUUGCUGCAGAAAGGUAUUGAAGCUCUAAAACAAAGAACCCAGCGAUAUGCUCGAAAGCAAAAUAAAUGGGUGCGGAACAGAUUCCUAAAACGACCUGGACCAAAUGUUCCCCAUGUAUAUAAGCUGGAUGUUACAGAUUUAUCUGCCUGGGAUGAAUGUGUUCUUGCACCUGCUCUGGAGAUUGUAAAUCGUUUUAAGCAGGGUCAAACUCCAGCAAUUCAUCCUCUGCAGAUGGCAUGUGACAAAAACGAGAAUAAGCGUAGUAGACACCAAUGUGAUGUCUGUGACAAAGUCAUCAUUGGGGAUCGAGAGUGGGCUGCUCACACAAAAUCGAAAUCACAUCUUUACCAUGCAAAAAAAAGGCGGAAACUAGAAGGAACAGAUAUUUUAUCAAAUGAUCAGAAGAGUGAAGGACUGGGCAUGUCUUAUGCAGAAGGAGUAGAUGGUGAACAGUCAUGUAUUAAGGAUAUGGAAGGACCAGUGGAAGUGCAAAAGAAAAAAGUAUUUAUCCAUGAGGGAGCAGCGGAUGUACAACAAGAGACCAAGCAUCAACUAUUAAAACAAAGAGAGCAGGAUUUAAGCAUGAAGGGAAGCAUCUAUAGCCACAAUACAGAGAGAGCACAGGGUGAAACUACAAUCACGGGAGACAGCUGAUGCAAAGUUUGAAAGUGAGCUGGUUCAGGAAUCCCUUUGUCUUUUGCCCUGGAAUUAUUGGAUUAGCAUAAAACAUCAAUUACUCCAAAAAGCCUUAUCAUCUUCUGAAAAAUUCACAGCUCAUCUAUCUGACUAGCUCCGGACAAUUAUUUUUAUGUUCCAGCAGUUGUUUUUAAUCCAUGUAAUAAACCUUCAAACCUUUUGCUGCUACAGGA